AUUAGUGCGAGUGGAGCAAAGGGUGCCCCGGUCCUGCGCUUGGCUGUUGCCUCUUUAAGAGAGAGAGUGUGUAUGUGUGUGUAGCGGCUAUGGGUGGGGGUGGGUGGAUUUUUGCAUUGGUCUGCUGCGGUGUUUUUGUGUCGCUGUCAGUGCGUUUAGCAGCUGGGCUUCGGACAUUAGACGGGACUGCGAGGGGAGAGGUGCAAUUCUACAGGUGAGGGUGUGUUGGAGGCCCCAGAUCAGACAUGACCCAGGUUCUCCAAAUGGACUCCAGCUUCCCAGGGAAGGCCCCCCCCCAGCCUCCCCCCACCCUGCAUGGUAAGGAGCAGGAGCCCUACUCGGUGGAGACGCCCUACGGCUACCGGCUAGACCUGGAUUUCCUCAAGUACGUCAACGACAUCGAGAAGGGCAACACCCUCAAGCGGCUGCCUGUUCAGCGCCGGCCCCGUUUCGGCUCACUGCCGCGGGGCUAUGGCUACACGGGCUCCUGGUGGACCUCCACAGAGUCGCUCUGCUCCAACGCCAGCGCCGACAGCCGCCACUCCUCCUUCUCUUACUGUGCCCCCGGCUACCACGCUCCGCCCAGAACGUCGGCGGGUGGCACGGCAUUCAACUUCAGCGCGGCGCGCGUGGAGAAGACCCUGCUGGAUGCUCGGCGUCGCCUGGAGGAGGAGCGGGAGGGCCAGCGGCUGGCAGGCUUGGGAAGCAUGCAUGGCAGCGUGGCGGGCUCCACCAGCUCCCUGGCCAGCAUCCGCAGCUUCAGCCGCGGCACUGCCAGCGGAACCUACACCCCACUGGGCUCGGGGCUGUCCACGCCCAUCUCACCGAGCCCCGCCCACCUACAGCACGUGCGCGAGCAGAUGGCAGCAGCGCUGCGCAAGAUCCGCGAGCUGGAGGAGCAGGUGAAGACCAUCCCUGUUCUGCAGGUGAAGAUCUCUGUGCUGCAGGAGGAGAAGCGGCAACUCAGUGUGCAGCUCAAAAGCCACAAAUUCCUGGGUCACAGCCUGGGCUUCAGCAAGGGCCGGCCACGGGGCGAGCUCUACAUUGACAUCCCUGAGGAGGAGGCGGUGACCUCAGCGGCAUCGGGCGCCCUCUCCCCCACCACACCUGAUGGCUCCCGUCAGGACUCCGGCUGUGAGAUCGAGGACACGGUGCUAGUGGGCGGCGGCCGGCCUGGGAGCCACAGGGAGGUGCGCUCCGUGGGCGUGGGCCCUGAGCGUGAGCGGGGGGCCCGGCACGUGGGCGUGGGGGUCCGGGAGGAGGACCUGGGGCUGCCUUUGGGAGCCGAGGCCCUGAAGGGGCAGGUGGAGCAGCUGGAAGGGCAGCUUCGCAGGGCCCUGCUGGAGCUGCAGGCAGCACAGCAGCAGGCGGAGGCUCCCCGGGGGCAGCCGGAGAGCCCGGUACAUCCCCCCCGUGCAGAGCACCCUGUCAGGGCCACCAGCCUGGGCUGGCAGGGUGGCGGGCCAGUGAUGGCCGUCACGGGCCAGGACCUACAGACAGUGGUCAGUUUCUCCCAGCAGCCCUUGCAGCGGGAGCAGAGGACGGUGGGAAUCCAGGUGUACACCCUGGAGAAGCCCACAGUGGUGGGAGUGGGCACACUGUUGCGGGCACAGGGAUGCGACUCCCAUUCUCCAGCUGGGAGAAUAGAGACCUCCUCCGCAGUGCGACCCAACCCAGCACUGGAGGGGCAGCACAGACACGGAGAGAUUGAAGAACCUUCCCCAGAGCUCCCUAUAGCCGUCAGCUCCAGGCAGGUGCGAGAGGUCCUUCAGAAGAGCGAGGUGUCCAGCUCCGUGCCCGUGCCCAGCCCUGCCGUUGCCAUGGAGACCACCUGCAACCCGCCACUAUCUCAGAGGUUGCGGGAAGGGGAGGGGACAUCACAGCACCAGCAGAUGGGCGCAGGAGCAGCACAGGCGCAGGAAGACACGUUGACACCAGCCUCGCCCCAGUCCAGCCUGAGGUCCAUUAUGAAGCGUAAGGCAGAGGGGGAACCCGGAUCUCCAUCCACCAAGAAGAACCUCCAGUUUAUCGGGGUCAAUGGAGGGUAUGAGUCUACCUCCUCAGAAGAGAGCAGCAGCGAAAGCUCGGAGGACGAGAGCGACGCCAGUGAAUAUCACGAAGCCAUCGAGAGACUCCCCGAAACGAAAGCUGAACCUUCAGAAGAAGGAGUAUCGGGGAAGGAGAACCUUCCUGACCACGUGCCUGAAACGGAGACGCCCGCUGAGGCGGACGGGACCAGCCAAUCGCCAGCCUGCGGAGCCGCCGAGGCGCACGGCAGCACCCAUUCACCAGCCUUAACACCUACAGAGGUGGACAGUACCGACCAAUCACCAGCUACAGUCUCCACUGCUUUGCACGUCACAGAGCCCUCCCCCCAGCAGAGUGCCAACCAAUCACCGCCCGUGGCUUCCGACCCUCAGGAGAGCAGUAGCCAAACACCAGGCAAUGCCAAUGGACCUCAGCAGGCGACAAGCCAAUCAGAAAUGCAGGUGAUGUGCGUCCCUCAGCAGAGCAGCCAGGCAGCGGAUGACACCAACACAAACCCCUCGGUCACACAGGAAACCAGGCUGGAGUUGAGUGACAGUUUGAUGACAGCUCUCCUGACCGUGCAGAGAGCCCUGGGCGAACCGAACGGCUUCAGCCAGCAGGAGGCGGUAUGCUCCCCCCGGCGUCCUGCCAGCGAGCAAAAAGAGGCAGCCUUUCUCCCACCCUCCCGCCUCCACAUCUGUGUCUGUCUCUGUUCCGGCCACACAGGUUUGUGUAACGCCGACAAGCAGAACAAGGCUGGCUACACGGCCAUCAUGCUGACUGCCCUGGCUGCAUUCCACUCUGACAGCGACCUUCAGACCGUCCUGCAGCUGCUGCGCACUGGCGACGUCAACGCCAAGGCCAGCCAGGCGGGGCAGACGGCCCUGAUGCUCGCCGUCAGUCAUGGCCGCGGGGACAUGGUGAGGGCACUGCUGUCCUGUGGCGCGCAGGUGAACAUCCGCGACGAAGACGGCUCUACCGCGCUCAUGUGCGCCUGUGAGCACGGCCACGUCGACAUUGUCCGCCAGCUGCUCGCUGUGCCAGGCUGUGACGCCACGAUCGCCGACAAUGACGGCAGCACUGCCCUAUCCAUCGCCCUGGAGGCCAGUCAGAAUGACAUUGCUGUGCUGCUGUACGCUCAUCUCAACUUUGCCAAGCCACCAUCCCCUGUUUCACCGAAGGCGUCUCAUUUUGGAUCUUCUCCAGAAACAAAGUAACUGUAAUGCAGAGAGCGGCCAGCCUUCCUGAAGGCCUUCAGCCAUAAACACACAACUGUAGUUUCCACCUGUGUGUGUGCGUGCGUGUGGGCUUGUGUGUGUAAGUGUGCAUAUGUAAGCAUACUGUACUCAUGUAUCUCGCACAUACUGAUCCGUGCACAAGUGCAUGCACAUGGAGAUUUUAUGCACGCGUGCUGAUGUAUGCAUGUGUCUGUGAGUGUGUAUGCACCCCAACACAGUGUCACAGCACGGUUAGGUGGGAUGACGCACACUGCACGGGGAGACAGUGCGACAGGUGUUGAUGAACCCCAAAGUUUCUUAGGUAUUAGGACGUGUUUCAUGUAGCCACAUUAGAACGCUGUCACCCGUAAUGCAGCACGAGUGAUCACAUGACGUUAACGCAGAUUCGCAGUGUCUGUCAGCCUGCGAUGGCACUCUCACACACAGCCCUCUCCAGCAGAACCAAGUUCACCCGGGGCCUUUGUCUUCGGAGGACCAGGCCUCUGUGUGUCCACAGGAAAUGAUGCGAGCUGUUUGCCAAACCGUGAGGCCCUGAUUGUUUCCUGGCCAUGCUUCGGAAGUCUUAUUCCGAUCACAUUUCCCCAGCUGAAUUAUAGUUUUAGUUUUCACCAUCGAUACAUGUCCCCUUCCUUAAAUAGUGUCUGAAAGCAUGACUGGCCAGCUAUCCACGUGCUUCUGAGAUUCUUAAAGCAUCACACUUGCUUUAUAGGGGCUGUUGCCUUGCCAAUCACCAAACAGAAAGGAUCCUUGGUAACCCCAGUAGGUGCCUCUUAUAUGCGCUGCCUGCAGAACUGAUCCUGGUGCACCAAGAACGCUUUCUCUCUCUCAGCCUUUCUGAGGACCUCUGUCUCUCUGAGAGAGGUCCCAGGCAUCACUCUGAGACGAUGAGGACUGUUACCAACAUAAUUAGCACUGUAAUUAACCUAAGUCGCCUUGUACACAGAUAGCGUCUCACUCUGACAGGGCACUUUGUAACGGGUUAAUCUUUUAAGUUCCUGGGGCAUCUUCUAAACAUGUAACAUCUUUUUUGUAUUGUAACUGUCCCAUUUUCCCAUAGAGAACUGGACUUAAAGAACAUGGCAUUAGGUCACAGUAUUCAGCCCAGUGCAUGCUGGGUAAUGCUCAUGGCUUCCCCCUGUCGCGUCUUGACACCGCGAACACACCCAGGCACCCUCUGUGAUCUCAGGAAGCAGGCUAUCUUUGUGAUCCCGUGCAAUUGCUGAGACUGAUGAAGGCCGCAAAGUUGUGAUUAAGCUGAAAGGCAUGACAAUAUGUGGCGUGACCUAACACUCUUUAAAGCACUGUUGUGUAACUGUUUUGGAUAUAUAUCGUGGGAACUGUGGAGGGAAUAUUGAUGAUCUGCUUAAAUUUUGUCUGGAGCAUCUGGUGGAAAAGGAGAACUCGGAGAUGUGGGAUGAUUCAGGGGAGGGCUAUAAUUUGAGAGGCUGGGUUGGCCUGUGUUAGGUAUAAAGGAAGGUUUCAGAGUGGGGCUACAGUUUGUUAGUGGAAUGUGGCAAACUGAAGCUGAUGACAGAGUAAAAUCUGGAGUGGCUUAUGAUGUGGGUAGCGGAGCUGGGGUCACGCUUGAUAUGCUGCUGUGGCUUGUGUUUAUUUUGGCCGCCCACCAAUAACAUGAGAGCAUACCAGCAACCGGCAUCAUGGGAUGGCCAGUGUUCACCAGCAACCAAUAACGUAGCAGAAUAUAGUAGCAUUGGCCAAAUGAAGCUUCAUGGACCAUUUUCUGUAUUUUUGACCCCACUAGAUAGAGCACUUGGUUUGAUAUGAGGCACGAAUUGAUUCUUUUUUUGAAUAGAGAGCACCAUCUAGUGGUGUUAGAAAAUACAGCAGCUGGUUCAUGAAGCUUCCUCUGGCCAUCAUUAGUAUAUAGUGGCCAAAAUUAACCAAUAGCACAGCAGCAUAUAGUGGCCAGUGUUCGCCAGCAACCAAUAGUAGAGCAGCAAUCAUUGGCGACCAGAAUUUUUCACCCCCAAAAAAAGUGUUCAAGUGACACCCAUUUAGCCGCCUUUAAAAUCUACUGGUUUCCCUUCCGCACUGUAUUUCAGGGAAAAAUGCAGUGGAUGUUUUCAAGUUUCUGGAGCCAUGUGACUGCACAUGGCUCUGCCUUCAGCAAUGACGGGAUCCGCUGCUUAGCCUGUGUUCUUAAACGGACGCAAGAAACAUAACAAACCACUAACAACUUUUUUUAUAACACUCUGCAUUUGUUCAUAUAGCAUACAUGAUAUUCAGGUAGAUUUUUUUAAAUGAAAUGAUACUAGUUAAUGUUGUGGCUUUUCUACAUAAUAUAACUUUCUUAAAAAAAAAAUCUGUUCUCAUGGGGAGGAAGGGGGGGCACUUUAAAUGUAGUUGUGAGAACUUGUAUUCACUCGUUCACCAUAAACUGCUGCCGCGCAGCAUUAAGUACAAAUUUAGAUUCAUCACCAGUCAAUCCCAGUACAUCACCAGAACAUCAGCAACAGCGCAGAGUCUUAGCGACUGAUCGCAGCAUUUGCAUUUUAUGAAACACGGUGCUUAUGUGAUGUAUCACACUCGUCUCCAAAACAAGAAUUAUGGCGCACACGCCGUGUGUGUGUGAUUACUUACAAACUCCUGCUAAUUAAUUCGAGGCUGUCGACAUUCCCCCUGUAUGAUCUACGUUAUUCUCUGCCUGAAUGAAUCAAGUCGUACGCGUCCCGUACAACUACCAGCAAGACUAAAGCAAAAAUCGGGCCAUUGCCCCAGAAGCGUAUUAUAUUAGCUUAUUACCGAAGUAUAUUAAGCAUAAUUUUCCUGAAGUUACAAGUUAAUGAUUUUUUAAAUGAACAAUAUUAAAUGUUCAUGCGAAGCGUACAAAGCAAUACGGAAUAUUACCUGUUUUGAAAAAGAAAAGGAUAAUGAGUGUGAAAAAUCCCGCCUUGUACGUUUCCCAAACGCCUUUCCUAUCAAUGAACUUAAGAGAUUAAUUGCGUUUUAUAAUCUUUUGUAUUUGUUUUAUUUAACUUUAUAUAUCUAUAUUUGUAACAUCUGUACACAACCACAUAUAUCAAGCAUUAUGUAAAGAUGCUCAUUUUAUAAAUUGUAUUUGUGCUUACUGGUGUCUUUUAAAAAGAAAUAAACUUUGCCCUUCAUUUCA